AUUUACGGAUAAAUUUUGGAAACAUCACUCACCAUUUCUCUGCAUUUCCAUUUCCCCCUCUUUUGCCCUAACUUUCCCGAGAAACAAACACUCCUUUAAACCGCCAUUUUCCCCAAUACAAUCUUUGUUGCUUUCCAGGGCGCUCACUCCUUCAAACAACUCGUUUUCUCUACGUACAACAGACAUCAGGAUGGGAGCAGGGAGGAAGACACGGACAAUAACGGUGGGUGAAAAAUCUAACCAAUCGUCGGCAUCAGUUAAUUCUAGUGUAUCUGCUAGAAAUCUCCGAGAAAGUGAUCUUGCAGGAGUAAUCUUCGGAUGUAAAAAUGAAACCUAUGAAGAAUGUCUAAAUAAGCAGUUAUUUGGAUUGCCUGCUUCACAUUUCUCCUAUGUAAGGAAUGUACAACCGGGUUUGCCCUUGUUCUUGUUCAACUAUAGUGAUAGGAAGCUUCAUGGCAUAUUUGAGGCAGUGAGUAGAGGACAGUUGAGAAUUAACCCGAAUGCUUGGACUCAAGAUAGUUCAGAUAAUACUCCUUUUCCUGCUCAGGUUAAAAUCCAAAUGCGGAUGCAGUGCCGGCCCUUGCUGGAGGAUGAGUUCAAGCCUAUAAUUGUCAACAACUACCAUGAACCAAGGCUGUUUUGGUUUGAACUUGACAGGACUCAAACAAACAACUUGAUCGCUUUGUUUUCAGCUUCACCAAUCACUGCAAGCAGUUCCCACUCAAAGAAAGUGAAAAAUUGGAACACUUCAUUUAAAUCUUCUAGAGAUCCUUGCACAAAACAAGAAGGCAACAGGUCUGAGACAUCUGCCCUGGCUACGCAGAAACAGUGGAGUGCUUUGUUCAAAGAUCAGAAUGCUUAUGAUACAAGAAAGAGAGUUAUAGAAUUUGAUGAACAAACUCCAGAUACAAAUCUUGACUGUGAUCAGUUAAAUAUGAAACAGGAGUUUUUUGAUCCUUCACAUUGUUGGGAUGUGGCUCCUUCAGACAGUGCAGAGUCCACCACAACAAAAAAGUGGAGUGCACUUUUCAAAGAUAACGGCACUAAUUCAAGAAAGGAAGUUGUACAAUUUGAUGGACAGGCUCCAGAAACGAAUCUUCAUUUAGAUCAAUUUCAUGUGGAAUGUGAGUGCUUUGAUGCUUCACAUUAUUCCAGCGAAAGUAGCCCGGGUACUGAUGCCCCUUUAAACUGGGUGGAUUGUAGAGAAUAUGAUAAAGCUGAUGGCUUGAAACCAAGUAAUGAAGAGCUUUAUCCCCUUAUUGCUGAAGCAAGUACUGCCUUUCCUCACUGCAAUUCAUAUGAUACUUUAUCUGUUGGGGCAAGACAGAAAAGUCAAGAAGCAAUGGUUCACUCCACUACAGUAGCCGAGUUUUUAACUGAAGUGGAAUGGUUGAAGUCUUCUCACUUGAAACAAAGCCAAAAAAUUGAAUCAUUGGAGCAGGACCUGGUUGAAUCAAGAAAAGAGAUCCAACAGUUGAAAGACAAGUUCAAGAGAUUGGAAUUUGGAAUUUCAGCAAAGCCUGUUGAAGCAAAAGAUUCAGAAGGAAAGGAGUUUCACUUAGUUGAGGAAUCUCAUCCAACUCUUGAUGCAUUAAUAUGUAUGGUGGGAGGAUUUGAUGGUCAUUCAUGGUUAUCCAAUUUAGAUUUGUAUUCUUCUUCUUAUGACCAAUUAAAACCCCUUGCCUCAAUGACUCCCACUCGGAAAUAUGCCUCAGUAACAAAACUAUAUGGCGAGUUAUACAUUGUAGGUGGUGUAGAAUCUGAUUUAUGGCUUGACACUGUUGAAUCAUACAACCCAAAAGGCAAUCAUUGGGUUAGUCUCCCCCCAUUAAAUCAGAAGAAAGGGAACUUAGGAUUGCUUUCUUUAAAGGACCGGAUUCUAGCUAUUGGAGGUGGAAAUUCUUGUGAGCUCUUCUCAGAGGUGGAAAUGUUUGAUCCAGAGGUUGGAAAGUGGAUUCAAAUUCAAUCAAUGCUACAAGAGAGAUCUGCUCUGGCUGUAGCAGAAGUCAAUGGCAUACUAUAUGUUUCAGGAGGAUGCUAUGAAAAAUAUUAUUUGAAUUCAGUCGAGAGAUUGGAUCCUCGAGAGCGUUCAUGGAUGAAACUUAGGAGUAUGUCCACGAAAAGGGCAUGUCAUUCAUUGGCUACCCUGGAAGGGAAAUUGUAUGCUUUGGGUGGUUUUGAUGGAACUGCAAUUGUCCCAACCAUAGAGAUAUAUGAACCUCGCACUGAUUCAUGGAUGAUGGGGGAGUCCAUGAACAAUCCUAGGGGGUCUUUUGGCUCUCUAAUUAUAGGAGAAGCGAUAUAUGUCAUUGGAGGGUUGAAGAAUGUUGGACUUGGACCAGUGGAAGUUGCAGACACGGUUGAGUCCUACAAGGAGCAUCGUGGUUGGGAAGUAAUCAAGUGGAGAGCCAUUGGAAAGAGAAGCUUCCACUCUGCUGUCCUUCUGUGGCCUUGAUUUGUCAAAACUUCCGUUUUGUACUCCUUUAAAAUGCUACAAUUACAGGUUGUAUGCUUUUGGUAGUGUCUAAUGCCAUAUCAAAAACAAAUAUCAAAGACAUCG